AUAAAAUGUCAAAGACAUUAUUAGCAUUAGGCACAAUUGCUCUUCUUGGAACAUUGAUGAUGGUAAAUUAACCAGAAUCACUUGAUUUUGCAUAAAAAUAUUAAACAUUCAAAUAAAAAUUUGGAAAGAGAUAUUCUUAAACUGAAGAUGCUUAUAGAAUGGCUGUAUAUACAUAAAAUAUGUUAUAUGCUGAAUCAGUAAACUUGUAAGAAGGUAGAAAAGUAUUUGGUGAAACAAUCUUUUUUGAUUUAACAAGAGAAGAAUUUGCAGAAACAUAUUUAACAUUGAAAGUAACAGAGGAAGAUUUGAAUAUGGAAAGAGUUCCAGCUAAGAAUAUAAAGGCUGCUGAUAAAAUUGAUUGGACAAAAGAAGGAGCAGUCACAGAUAUAAAAGAUUAAGGUUAAUGUGGUUCAUGUUGGACUUUUGGUACCACAGGAGUAUUAGAAGGUUUCUUCUUUACAACAACUGGAGAAUUACCAAAUUUAUCAGAAUAAUAAUUAUUAGAUUGUUCAACUUUCUAAGAUUUCAAUCUUGGUUGUAAUGGUGGUCUUCCAUAUAGAGCUUUAUAAUAUGUCAAGAGAAGUGGUAUAACUACUGAAGCUGCUUAUCCAUAUGUAUUAUAUUUAUAUUAAUAUUUAGACUGCUGUUUAAGGAUCUUGUAGAAUUAAAGGAGGUGCUUAUCAUAUUAAGGGAGCUGUUUAAUUAGAAGCUACAGAAGCAGCUUUAAUUACAUAUCUUAAUGCUGGACCAGUUUCAGUCGGAGUUGAUGCCUCAAAUUGGUAAUAUUAUAAUCCAGAAACCUAAAGAGUCUUUGAUAAUUGUGAAAAGAAUUUAAAUCAUGCAGUCUUAGCUGUUGGUUAUGAUAAAGAUUCAUUCAAAAUUAAAAAUUCAUGGGGAACUGGAUGGGGAGAUAGAGGUUAUAUCUAUUUAGCCAGAGGUGGUAAUACUUGCGGAGUUUAUGAUACUAAUGUUGUUGUUGUUUGAAAAUUCAUAAUUUAUAUUUCACAAAGUUUAAAAACAUUUAUACAUUCU